GGCUGAUCUAGAAACGAGAACAACUUUAUGCGAUGCGGCCAGAAGUGUUUCGGCCACCGCGAGGCCAAUGCCACGGCUUGCGCCGGUGACGAUGACCACCUUCGAUUCCAUCUCGAACUGGGGGUGCUUGACAGUCCAGUAACGUUGGCGGCUUGGCGAGAUCCUGUUGAUGCCGGAGCGCCUCCGAGCUUCUGAGCGUUCAUCCAAAAAAUUUGGAAACCCCUCCAUGUGGGGAGCGGGGAAUAAUGCUAAUCCAAAGGCGUGCCUUGCCAUCGGGGUUUCUCCAUAUCCAGCUGCCUCGACUCCAUCAAAGCCGUCCGAACGGAGGUCUUCUGGGCCGGAAGGGGAGAUUUCCCUCCGCCCCCCUUUUUACAGAGUGCCUUGACAGUAUUAAUUUACUUUUGUAUGUUCCUUGUGACUAUCAUUCUCAGUCGUUCAACCAAAUACCCGACAGGUUCAACCCAUAUUGUAGACAUGUCUUCUGAUACAGUCAUUCUUGGUGCGGGUAUCAUCGGCGUUUCCACAGCCUACUACCUGUCCAAACACCAAGAUCCAACAAGCAUCCAUGUGGUCGAGCCGUCCCCCGAGCUCUUCUCCUCGGCGUCCGGAUAUGCGGGCGGGUUCCUCGCCAAAGACUGGUUUUCCCCUUCUUUGUCGGCACUCGGCGCCUUGAGCUUUGAGGAACACCGCCGGCUCGCCGAGGAGCAUGGCGGAAGGGAGCAAUGGGGUUACGCGCCCUCCACGUGUGUCAGCUAUGUGGCAUCUGCCGCAACGCGCCACUCCCAAAAGCGAGGCGACGACUGGUUGCGUGACGGCACGAGCCGGGCCGAUGCUGCCCCUGCUGUCCUCGACUCGCUGUCCGGGAAGACGCCGGCUUGGUUGCGCAGGGUGGACGGGGACCACAUGGAGCUCAUCAGCGACGAGGGCACCACGGCCCAGGUUGACCCCCUUUUGCUUUGCCGGUUCCUCUUGCAGGAAUGCGUCAAGCGCGGGGUGAGGCUUCACCAUCCGGCCAAGCCGAUCUCGGUGGUCACGAACGAGCAGGGCGAGGUAUCUGGUCUCCGCAUCGCAGUUUUCGAGUCGUCUGCCGAAACGGAAUUACCCUGCGCGCGGCUCAUCAUCACGGCUGGAUCAUGGACAGGGAAGGUGUUCCAGACGCUAUUCCCCAAGUCGACCCUUCAAAUCCCCAUUAAGAGCCUGGCCGGCCACUCCAUGGUCCUGAAGUCACCGCGAUGGCAUGCCGGGCUGGAACCCAACGGGUGCCAUGCCAUCUUCACCACGCAUAACGAGGGCUUCUGCCCGGAGAUGUUCUCUCGGCUGGGAGGUCACAUUUACUUUGCGGGACUGAACUCGUCAAGUCUGCCGCUUCCGAACGCGGCGGCCGGUAAGGCGACGCCGUAUUCCAAGGACCUGGCGCAGCUGCGACAGGCGGCCAAGGAGAUUCUGGGGUCGGGAGCCGAAGGCGAAGACGACCUGGAGAUUGUCCGGGAGGGAUUGUGCUUCCGGCCUAUUACCUCCUGGGGCACGCCGAUUAUCUCGAGGAUUCGGGAUCAGGAUCUCGGCGCCGGCAUGGCGACCAGAGGAGGGGCCGAAGGCGGGGUGUUUGUCGCUGCGGGCCACGGGCCUUGGGGUAUUGCCAUGAGUCUUGGUACGGGUAUCGUCUUGGCUGAGAUGGUGCAGGGUCUGAAACUCAGCGCCGAUAUCAGCGGGCUGUCAUUUGAUGGGGAGAAGGCGAAGGUAUAUGCGAGUUAGACGGUCUGGUACGGAUAUUGGAUUCGGAAUCUCGGAGGCAGGAUCAGGAAAGCUUUCAACAAGUGUCUUCUUUUCCUUGACUUCUCAGUGUCAUAUCAAUGCGCCGGGAUGUUCCGCAAACUGUCUUCUUCAUCAAGUAUAUGGAGCUGCCAAAGGUCAAGGAAUGUUUGUCUGCGAGGAAUUGGGGUAUCAGGAUAGACUGGACGUUUCCCAGCACACAAACGCUUUCCGGUUACGCUUUCACAGCGGCCAAGGUAGGUCACGCCAGAGCCGUCGAACAUAUAUCUACGGUACCGGCCUUUACUCUCGUCGUCUUAUCAGCAUAGAGCUGAUGCACUCAACAACCGGCCGUCUCCAGGAGCUUCAACACAACUUUACAAAGCAGCGUGUGCAGACAUCAUAGUUCAUCGGUACCUGAGAAAGCUGCAGCAAUCGGAUCAAGGCAAGGACAGGCCGACUCAGAGUGGACGAGGGAACGGAACCGACAGGCAGCCAAUG